AUGGUUAACUACAAGAUUAUUAUCUCUGCCUUAGCACUCUCGGGCCUUGCCUCUGCUGUCCCUACCCUAGUAUCCCCCCCGGGUGCUAGCAGGACCUUCGUGGUUACACAGGUUCCUAGGAAUACAUCAGCCAGUUGGCAUCCCACGACCGACUACCACAACGCUCUUAGAAAAUAUGGUCAAAAUCCAAACCCAAUCGUGACAGGCCCUAUCUCUAACGGGACUGGCACUGUUGUCACAAGGCCCACUAAGUAUGAUAGGGAAUAUUUGGUUUCUGUCAAAGUUGGUAAGGACACUUUACUACUUGACUUUGACACUACUCUCAGUGACCUGUGGGUCUUUGCCAGGGAAACUGAAGGCCGUGGAGCCCAUAAUUACUAUGAUACGAGCUCUGGAAAGGUGUUAUCUGGUUAUACCUGGAGUCUAACCUACGGAGACGGUGGCAAUGUCCGUGGUAAGGUCUUCAAGGAUAUAGUUGAGAUUGGCGGCGUUGUCGCCGAUGAACAGGCUGUCGAGGCCGCGGAAUCCGCUAGCACGUCAAUAACCUACAAUUUGGAGAGCGAUGGUGUCGUUGGAUUGGCCUUUCCUACUAUUAAUCAGAUUAAACCUAUACCACAAAAACCAUUCUUUGAGAAUGUUAAACCCUCCCUUAGGGAGCCUGUGCUUGCUGCUGCUCUUAAGUACCAAAACCCUGGUACAUUUGAGUUUGGUUUUAUUAAUCCUGGAAGGUAUUUAGGCGAGAUUGCCUUCACGUCUGUUAAUACCCAUAGGGGUUUGUGGGAGUUUACAACCGAUGGGUACUGUGUUAAGGAGUGUAGCGACGAAUUUCCAACUGGAGAGCCCUUUAAUGCUGUUCUGGACUCUGCUAUCAGCCUUCUUAUCCUCAAUCAUAAGAUAGUCACCGACUUCUACACUUAUGUUCCAGGUGCCCACUACUCGCCCGAGGUCGGUGGUAUUAUAUUUAAGUGUGAUGUUGAGGUUCCAGACUUAAUUAUCAAUAUUGGUGAUUACGCUGCUGCAGUUUCUGGUAAACAUAUAAAGUAUGCUAACAUGGGUGAUGGGAAUUGCUUUGGAGGUAUCCAGUCCGACAACGGCUAUGGGGUUAACAUUCUAGGUAAUAUAUUCUUCAAGAAUUCAUACAUUGUUUUCGUCAACGACAAAAGACCAAUGCUUGGAUUCGCUGCUCAGUCUUAA